CGAGGGUCAAACCCCCCAAAUCAGAACACGAUCAUCGUGUUCUCGUGAUUCCUCUCAGGUACAUAGUUAGGUCACACUAUCCUACAACAGAUCCACUUUCAGUGACCUUCCAAUUUUUCCAAGGUAAUAUUAUAAUAAGCGUAGGAGGAACUGUAAUGGCUCACGGAUCUGAUGAGGAUACUGAUAUAAGUGAAUCUGAAAUAAGUGAAUAUGAAGAUAAAUGUUACGAAGAACUAAAAAAUGGAAGUCAGAAUGUGAAAACCUCGGAUGAGACUUUCACUUGUCCAUACUGCCCUAAAAAGAGAAAACGGGAUUAUUUGUUGAAGGAAAUCCUUCAACAUGCUUCUGGGGUGGGUCAGAGUAGUUCACAAAAGAGAAAGGCAAGAGAAAAGGCUAAUCAUUUGGCUUUAGUGAAAUAUUUGGAAAAGGAUCUUAUGAUGGUAGAUGUUCCAUCAAAACCUGCAGAUGAAAGUGAUCCUCCUGUUAAUUGUGAUGAGCAGUUUGUGUGGCCUUGGAUAGGAAUUGUAGUUAAUAUUACCACAAGACGGGCAGAGGAUGGACGCUUUGUUGGGGAGAGUGGUUCCAAGCUGAGGGAUGAAUACAGAAGCAAGGGUUUUAAUCCAGUUCGAGUCAAUCCUCUGUGGAAUUUCCGGGGUCACUCUGGAACUGCUCUUGUGGAAUUCAAUAAAAACUGGCCAGGCUUGGAUAAUGCAUUGGCAUUUGAAAGAGCAUAUGAAUUAGAUCAUCAUGGGAAAAAAGAUUGGUUUGCUAGUUCUGAGCAGAAGUCUGGUCUUUAUGCAUGGGUUGCCCGAGCAGAUGACUACAAAAUGAACAAUAUCAUAGGGGACAAUCUGCGAAAGAUGGGGGAUGUCAAAACCAUACCUGAACUUAUGGAAGAAGAAGCUAGAAGGCAGGAUAAACUCGUGUCCAAUUUAACUAACAUUAUUCAGGUCAAGAGUGAGCACUUAAAAGAGAUGGAAGUAAGAUGCACUGAGACUGCAAAUAAAAUCGACAUUGCUAUGGAGGAAAAAGAUGACCUUGUUCAAGCUUAUAAUGAAGAGAUAAAGAAAAUACAGUCAAGUGCAAGGGAUCACUUCCAGAGGAUUUUUAAUGAUCAUGAAAAGCUUAAGUCGCAACUGGAAUCUCAGAAAAGUGAGCUUGAGUUGCGAAAAGUUGAAUUGGAAAAACGUGAAGCACAUAAUGAAAGUGAAAGAAAAAAGUUGGCAGAAGACAUUGAUGAGAAUGCAAUGAAAAACAGCUCUCUUCAGAUGGCUGCUAUAGAGCAACAGAAAGCUGAUGAAAAUGUUUUGAAACUGGCUGGAGAUCAAAAGAAGCAAAAAGAACAACUCCAUGCUAAAAUCAUUCAGCUUGAAAAACAACUGGAUAUGAAACAAAAGCUGGAAUUGGAGAUUCAGCAACUAAAAGGAUCAUUAAAUGUGUUGAAACACAUAGAAGAUGGUGAAGAUGCAGAAAUUCUGAAGAAGGUAGAUGCAUUGCAUAAGGGUUUAAGAGAAAAGGAACAGUCACUUCAAGACUUAGAUGCAUUGAACCAAACACUUAUCAUUAAAGAGCGUAAGAGCAAUGAUGAGCUGCAGGAAGCUCGAAAAGAAUUGAUUAAUGGUAUUAAAGAGAUAACAAAUCGUGCCCAUAUUGGUGUGAAGAGAAUGGGAGAACUUGACACCAGACCAUUCCAUGAAGCUAUGAAGAAAAGAUAUAAUGAGGAGGAAGCUGAAGAGAGAGCUUCAGAACUGUGUUCAUUGUGGGAAGAGUAUCUGAAGGACCCAGAUUGGCAUCCAUUCAAAGUUAUCAUAAUUGAAGGGAAAGAAAAGGAAAUUAUUAAAGAUGACGAUGAAAAGCUGAAUGGGCUGAAAAAUGACCUGGGUGAAAGGGCAUAUAGUGCAGUAGUGGAAGCUUUAACAGAGAUAAAUGAAUAUAAUCCUAGUGGGCGGUACAUAACCUCAGAAUUAUGGAACUAUGGACAGGGAAGGAGAGCAACUUUGCAAGAAGGAGUACAAUUUCUGUUGAAACAAUGGAAAGUACAUAAACGCAAGAGAGGAAUAAUGUGAAGGAAUAAACAUUAUUACAUUCGGAGAGGGAAAUUAUGCAUCGCAGCCAGGUAGCAUGCAUCCAUAUUUGGAGAGCUGCAAACCUAAUGGUUGUGUAUGGAAAUUUCUAAUGAUGUUAUGUUAUUUAAUUUCACUUGACAUUUGGCUUCUGUGGGCGUGAGAGAAGACAUUGAUGUUACAACUUGUAUAACUAUAUUAUUUAGCUUUGAUUUUUAACAUUUCUCUUUGAGUAAUUAACAUUUUGGUAUAAAUGUUUUUU